AUGAAGCGAGACAAUAUUUUUAGGCCUGUUAGUGAAGGUGGGCUGGGCUUAGUACAUCUUUAUGUGCGGCAAAUAGUGUCUCGUUUCUUCUUUUUUCGGGAUACUUCCCAUCCUGUAAUUCGUUCAUACAUGCAAGUCACACUUGUUAAUGCGUUACCUGAUUUAGUUGUUUCUUCAAGUUUUUCUUCGCGCUUAUGCUUGUGGGGGUUCAUGCAAGAAGUUUACUUGGCGGUUCGUUUCCUGACAGUUCGGUUUUCCACUCAAUACUUGUAUUCUGUGUCGCGCAAAACGUUGUACAAAGACUUACUGUCCAUGCUAUUUCCACCUCCACUUUACCGAUCAAUAUACAUUAAAUUGCCAGGCUACGAUGUGCUAAAGCGAGUUCGCAAAAUGUAUUUAUCCCCUUGCUGCAAAACAUUCUUUUAUAAAGUUCAUAGUGAAACCAUACCGGUUAAAACAUGGCUACAAGAAAAGGGUAUCUUUGUCUCUUCUGUUAACUGUCGCCUUUGUGAUGUACCAGAGACAAUUGAACAUUGUUUUAUUAGCUGCACUGACGCCAUCCUAUUUUGGGAUGUCCUCCAACGGACUUUAAAGAAAGACAUUGAAAUUAACGCUCAUACUGUGCGAUACCUGCUGCCAACCUCUGAUAAUAGCGCACCUUUCGAUAUGUUUUUUGUCAUGGGAAUGCACAGUUUGUGGAAAACGCGAAUGAUGGACAGAAACGCCGAAACGGUUGUACCUACAAGGGCAAAUUUC